UGACUUCCGGUUUUUGACAGCAGCCAUUUUAAUUGUUAAAUUGUAAACACAAUUAUAUCAGAAUUCAUCGACAAUUUAAACGUUAUGUUCGUACACAUCUUUUUGAAAGUUGUUUAAAUGGUAUAUUUAUUUCUACAAAGAGUAAAAUUAAAGUAGGGAAUAAUGAGUUUCCUAUUUGGGAAAAAUGCAUCAAAAACAUUUAAACCCAAGAAGAACAUCCCGGAGGGUUCCCAUGGUUACGAGUUGAUGCAGCAUGCGGCGGUUACGCUUGGUAGCGGAAACUUGAGGCUCGCAGUUGCACUGCCUGAGGGAGAAGACCUCAAUGAAUGGGUCGCUGUCAACACUGUGGACUUCUUCAACCAGAUCAACAUGCUGUACGGUACGAUCACAGAGUUCUGCACGGAGGACACGUGCGCCGUGAUGUCAGCGGGCCCCAAGUAUGAGUACCACUGGGCGGAUGGGCAGACUGUGAAGAAGCCAAUCAAGUGCAGCGCGCCCAAGUACAUCGACUAUCUCAUGUCUUGGGUCCAGGAUCAGCUGGAUGAUGAGAAUCUGUUUCCAUCCAAGAUAGGUGUGCCAUUUCCGAGGAAUUUUCUCAGCAGUGCUAAAACAAUACUAAAGCGUCUGUUCCGCGUAUAUGCUCACAUCUACCACCAGCACUUCAAGGAGGUCAUGCAGCUGAGUGAGGAAGCUCACCUGAACACCUCCUUCAAACACUUCAUCUACUUCGUACAGGAGUUUAAUCUUAUCGAGCGACGCGAGCUCGCUCCAUUGCAGGAGCUCAUUGACAAGCUCACAAGCAAAGAACGCUAGGAAAAGAGAGUCUAGUAUAUCCUCGUUUAAUUUAUAGUUUCUUUGCGCCACGCAUACCCGUGUUUUCAAAAUGUUCUGAGAAUUUAAUGGGUAUGGAAAGCUUCACCAACUUACCAACUUAAAUGUUACCUGGUGUAGCCUUUUGGUGACACCUUCAUGUUCAAAUGAUACUUUGAAAAAGUUUAUAAAUGUUUUCAUAAUGUUCUUUUACAUUUGGUGGCGUGGAAGAUUUUCAUAGUGUUAAAAAGCUAGCUGGUUCUAAGCUAGUGAGCUAAGAGCCUCAGAUAAAGCUUGGCCUAUCUCUCCACAUCACUAGCCAUGAUUUCUUUGCUAAAGAACACAGAACAUUUUAGUAUUCUCAGUCCACUUGUCCAUGUCUAUUGCUUUUAUUUUACUUUGUAAAGCCCAUACCAACAUGUUCAUAUCAUGAUUAAAAUCGUUUUGUCAGAUUUCUUAAAUCAGGGCCUUUUUUCCUUCUUUAGCAGGGGCCUUUUUUCAUGUUGACCUCUUCCCCUAAGAGAAUUUCUUUAAAAUGAUUUUUUACCCAAAAAUGUGUAAACUGACUUUGGUAAAUUCCUUCCCCUUUUUCAUUUUUGUUGAUAUAAUUGUUACCCAAAAAUCGAAGGCCAAGCCCUUUGCCCAAAUCAAGAAAAGAAGCCCUGGUUAUAUGGUACAGUGUAGUUCAUGUCCAAAUCAUACUGCUGUCGUGGCCUUACCAAGUGGACACAAAAUUUAGAGUGUUUUUCGUAAAACUGAUGUAGCUGCUUCACAUUCUGAACUAUCAGAUACUUUAGUUUCACACUCAGCAGAGUCCUUGGUAGUGUUGUGUUAGUCCUUAAAAAACGACAUUCUAGCAUCACUGGUAUUUCUGCUAGUGAUGAUUUAUAUUUUAAUCCUUUGCAUGCUGGGAAAUUUGUCGUCUGCUAAAAUGUCGUCUGCUGAAUUUCUAAAAUUAGCAUUUUCUUUGAUUUUUUUUCAAAGAAUACUAUCAGAAUAGCAAACAGUUUGGAUCCUGAUGAGACCCCACGUUCUGUGGCGUCUCAUCUGGAUCCAAACUGUUUGCAAAGGCCUUCAAAAUUCGGUUCCCGCACUGAAAGGGUUAAAGGAGGUAUGUUUGUGAUUGGCCUAAGCUUAGAGGGUUCAAAUGAGUGAAAUACAUGCAUACUGAUUGAUGAUGUAUUUUGUGUGUCAUUGGGAUCAUUUGGACUUGAUAUGGUGCUUUUAUUGGGCAACCGAAAAGUGAUAUUUGAGAAGCGACACAAAGGCACCUGACCAAAAUGUUGUAUAUAAUAAAUUAUAUUCAUUGAAAGAGAAUGGAGUGAUAAAUUGUUAUACAUGUAUGUGCUGAACACUAUUGUUUUUGCUGUUGCAGUAACACAUUUAGGCCUUAAUAUGUUGCACUGAUGUAUUUUCCCUAUGGAUGCCUGUAGUUGAGCCUAUUCUCUUUGUUUUUCCCUCAUCACAGACAUUCCGCUUUUACAUGCCAAACCUUACAUAUUUCUGAUUUUAUGCAUGUUGCUACUUUUCGCAAUAGUCAAGAAAAGCAACAGUAACCAACAUUAUUGCUUAUGUGCUGCAUUUAAGGCCUUUAAAUCAAAAUAUCUGUAUAUAUAUAAUAUUAUAUUGAUAUCCGUUUCACAUUAAUAGUUUGUGGAAUGUUGUAAACAAUUUACAAAUGCAUUGAGUUUAAAUGAAUCAUAUAAAUGUUAUUUAUUGCAUAAACUUGAAAUUGAAUGCAUGUUUGCUGCUGAAAAGAUUACCCAUGUAUAUUUUAAACAACAUGUGACUGGAUUAACUUCCUGAACAUGCUAUUGAUAGUAGUGUUUUCAUGAGGAAAUAUAUAUUUUCCUUGUUAGUGUACAAGAAUAAGAUAUUUGAUUUGUCUACUGAAACAAAUAUGCUUGUGAAUAUGUCAUAAACGUUAUCCAAACUUCUUUUGUAUGAUAAGUUACUUUUUGUGUUUGAAAGAUAUGGUUUAAAUUUAAGCAAAUCGUCUUUGUAUGUUUCCUUGUGCUGAUACAUGUAACUAAAUUUGUUAGUUUGUUAUUGUCAAUUUUGUUUGUAUUUGUGAUAAAACGUUCAUAUAAGUUGAUUAUUACCAGAUACAGCUUAUGUUGCCUUAUAUGAAUAAAGGUUGUCAAUUUUCAUUUUAGGAAUUUAUACGGAAGAUCAAAUUGAAUUGUUAUCAAAGCAAUAGUAUUACUUUGGCAUCUGUUGGCACCAAGUCCAUACCAGACUAUAGACUAUUAACUCCA